ACUUUGGCGGUGAUUAGUGGCAGAAGUUUUACUCGAAAUGCGCACAUUUGUUUGCCUCGCCGUGGCGGCCAUCCUUUUGGUCGCCGGCUCCUCAGCAGCCACAUAUGAUCCUGCGGCCCAGCUCCUGGCCGUGGAUGCAGGUGUCCAGGCCCCGGCGGCCGCUCGGCAAGUUCGUCAGUUUGGAGGACCUGGAGGCGGUUUUGGAGGAGGACAAGGAGGUGGCUUUGGAGGAGGACAAGGAGGUGGCUUUGGAGGUCCAGGAGGCUUCGGAGGUGGUUUCGGAGGUCAAGGAGGUGGUUUCGGAGGUCAAGGAGGCGGUGGCUUCGGAGGCGGUGGCUUCGGAGGACCAGGAGGCGGCGGUGGCUUCGGAGGACCAGGAGGCGGCGGUGGCUUCGGAGGCUUUGGACGCUAAGGCCCAACCAGCAAUUAUCUGUGACUGACUAAGCUUAAAACACUAGAAAAAGAAUGUGUCAUUAAGUGUAUUCAAGCACCUUCUAAUUAAGUUUGAAAUAAAUUA